AUGAAUUUAGCAGCUCUUCAACAAAGGGAUCCAUUUAUAUCAGAAAUAAUUGACACUGCUUCACAAGUCGCUCUUUAUUCUUUUAGUUCGAAGACAAAUGAAUGGGAGAAAACAUCAAUUGAAGGAACUCUUUUCAUAUACAGAAGAUCAGCGGCUCCUUUGUAUGGUUUCAUGAUUCUGAAUAGACUUGGUUUACAAAACUUGAUAGAACCUUUCACAAAAACAUUAGAGUUCCAAGUACAAGAACCAUUCCUACUAUACAGAAAUGAUAAGCAUAUAUUUGGUAUAUGGUUUUAUGAAAAGAAUGAGUGUUCCCGAUUAGGAUUGUUGAUGAAUAGA